CGUCAGCAGUGCCAUGUCAGACAGUGACACGUCAGCUACAGUGACACAUCAGCAGUGACACGUCAGACACAAUGCCACAUAAGCAGUGCCACGUCAGACAGUGCCACGUAAGCAGUGCCACAUCAGCAGUGCCACAUCAGCAACAUGACGGGCCUACCAGGCCAACUGGCCAAUGAGCCCAUUGCCGAGGCUCAGCUCGCUGUAAUCGAGGCUGAGGAACAACGCCAGCUGGCAGCAAAGGCUGCCCAGCUACAGGCUGACGAAGCGGCAGCAGCAGAGAAACUGCGGCUACAGGCCGAAGCAGACGCAGAUGCCCAGGCUCGCCGCAAGGAAGCCCAGGAUCUGCUGCAGCGGCAUGAAGCCAACAGCAUCGAGAGACUCAAGUUCUGGCACUCUGAACCGAACGGCGACGAGGCAACACCGGAAGAACAGCAUAAGGAGUUCAUGGCCAAGCUCGUGACCAGUGCUCUGUUCAUCAACACCAAGGGAGGUUGUCAGAUCUGGCUCAGCCACAUGGCAACCAUCCACGACGUCCAGGUUUCAGACCUAUACAAGAAGGUCUCCUGGGAAGACAUGACAAAGGAAUGGAAGAACCGGUUCAUCAUCGACAACGCCCCAGCACUCGCCGUCAACCGCAUCUUCACGAUGGCUCAAGGGAGCACACCGACACGUGACUGGCUCACGGAUUGGCAGAAAAUCGUGGCGACGCCCGAUUUGGACUUGUCAUUUCCGCAUCUGCGGCGUGAGUUCUACAACAGGUCAUGCGCCGCUCUCAGCCUGAUCGCGAGCAGCCGGAAAUGGACAACCAGUACAAGUUCCAUGGGUCAAGUUCGGCUUGACCGGGGCGGAGUACAAGGUCCGCGGCCGCUACGGCAGCUGCUAUUGGUGCAACAGCACCAAGCACAAGACCUCCCUGUGCCAGGAUCAGGGCAAGGAGGAUGUACGACCCCGCCUCAACUCGGGAAACUGAGUUCCGCGGAAGGUGAGGCGACUCCACCUUCUACUCCGCCAGAUUUGGCCGCCUUGCUAGCGGCCUCCUGCACAUCUGGGGAGGAUGCGAAUGUCGCAGAUUCUCAUUACACUUACGAGGACUAUGCUGUCCAUUUGGUUCCACCGCUGGACCAACCGCUCCACGUGCAACAAUCUACCGCAUGCACGGUUUCAUCACCAUCGGCAACCAAUUCGGCAGCUUCGCCGCCAUUUAUCGUCGGGGAUUCAUCGUCGUGGUCAAGACUUGAGGUGCUCGACCCACUGACGUUCACGGACUUCCAGUGGAUGCCCGUUCCCCCGAACGGACGAUUGCCGAAACCGCAUUGCAACGUGCUCAAAGCACAAUUGCGGGAUUACUUGCACACUGCAGUACCGACUCCGUUGAUGGACGCCGGAGUAGAGGUUGUCGACCUUCACGCCUACAUUGCGAAGAUCGACCGCGAGUUCAAGACGCAACGGUACGACGACGUCGACGCACCAUUGCUAUAUGUACGCAUUCAGAUCGAGGAGGCGACCUGCAGCGCUUUGAUCGAUUGCGGAGCAUCUCGCAACUACAUCAGCCAAAACUUCAUGGUGCGCACUGGCCUUGGCCCACGCGUCCGGAGGAAGUCCCAGCCUACGCAAGUCACGUUGGCAGACGGUCACACGCACAAGUCAAUCGACCGGUGCAUUGACAACGUCCCAGUGUACUUUGCCCCUCACGCAAGUGAGGCGGUGUCCUUCGACAUUCUGGACACCAAAUUUGACAUGAUCUUGGGCAUGUCAUGGCUACGAAGUGAGGAUCACCCGGUGAACUUCUUCCACCGCACCGUUCACAUUCGUGAUCAGAACGGAGUACUAGUUCCAUGCACGGUGCCUCUUCCUCAUCCUUCGAUCAGCUGCCACGUGGUAUCCGCCGCAAGCAUGCGAGCUUCCAUCAUCAGAGACGCCAUCGAGGAGAUGGGGGUGUGUUUUCUCCACGCCCUCCCGCCCCAUGACGCUUCAUCGACGGACUCAUCUUCGGAUCCACGCAUCACCGAACUUCACGACGCCUACAGCGACGUGUUCGAAGGCCCGCACGGAGUAGUACCGGAUCGACCCAUCCGCCACGAGAUCAUCCUCGAGGACGGGGCCGUACCUCCACACGGUUGCAUCUACCGAAUGAGCGAGGAAGAGUUAAGUGUGCUUCGGGCACAACUCGACGACCUUCUGGAGAAAGGUUGGAUUCGGCCUAGUUCAUCGCCAUACGGUGCUCCUGUUCUCUUCGUCCGAAAGAAGAACAAGGAUUUGCGGUUGUGCAUCGAUUAUCGUAAGCUCAACGCGCAGACGAUCAGAAACGUCGGCCCUCUCCCACGCAUCGACGAUCUUCUCGAGCGACUGGGCGGCGCCAAGUUCUUCUCCAAGUUGGACCUCAAGUCGGGAUAUCAACAACUCGAGAUUCGGAAGGAGGAUCGCUACAAGACCGCGUUUAAGACACGAUAUGGGCAUUUCGAAUGGCUGGUCAUGCCAUUUGGCCUUACGAAUGCCCCAGCCACUUUCCAAGCGGCUAUGACAACGGAGUUUCGACACAUGCUGGAUCGUUACGUACUUAUCUACCUCGACGACAUCCUGGUGUACAGCCGAAGUUUGGAGGAGCAUGUGGAACACCUGCGCACCGUUUUGGAGCGGCUGCGACAAGCCAAGUACAAAGCCAACCGCGACAAGUGCGAAUUCGCGCGGCAGGAGCUGGAGUACUUGGGACAUUAUGUGACGCCGAAAGGCAUCCGUCCGCUUGCGGACAAGAUCGAGGCCCUACGAGUAUGGCCCGAGCCCACCAACACCACGAACGUUCGUUCCUUCAUGGGAUUGGCGGGCUACUAUCAGCGAUUCAUCACCGGAUACUCCAGGAUUGUUGCACCUAUGACGAGGUUACAGUCGCCAAAAGUGUCAUUCGUAUUCGAUGACGACGCACGCCGGUCAUUCCAAGCACUUAAGACGGCUAUGCUCAUGGCACCCGUCCUUAGCAUCUAUGACCCUACCUUGCCGACGAGAGUGACUACGGACGCUUCCGGCUAUGGCAUUGGGGCAGUCUUGGAACAGCACGACGGCGACGACGGGCACCCUGUGGAGUAUUUCAGCCACAAAGUGCCUCCCAUCAACUCGCUUGAUGAUGCAAGGAAAAAGGAGCUACUCGCGUUCGUCAUGGCUCUCAAGCGAUGGCGGCACUUCCUCCUUGGGCGUCAAGACAUAGUCAGUGACCGCGACACCCGCUUCAUGUCGGCAUUUUGGACUGCACUCAUGCAGGAGUCCGGCACGAAGAUGAAACCAAGUUCAGCUCGGCAUCCACAGACGGACGGGCAAACGGAGCGGGCACAUCAAACCGCUCAAAUGAUGCUUCGUACGCUCAUCCGUCCAGACCAGAAAGAUUGGGUUGACCGCCUCCCCGACAUCGAGUUCGCCUACAACACUUCGGUGCAUCCGGCGAUCGACGUGACUCCAUUCGAGUUGCACCACGGUGGACGGAAAGGCCGGAUCUUCGCCGACCUUCUCCUCCCUCGACCAGUCGACAUUGACGCUGCCUGUUGUCCCGCUUCCGUCCGGAAGUACAGGGAAUUGCUGACUCAAUCCCGCACAAACAUGCAAAAGGCUCAAGUCCGCAUGCAGCAACAAGCCAACAGGCGUCGCGUACCAUGUCCCAUCCGCGCCGGUGAUCUGGUUUGGGUCUCCACGGAAGAGUUUGCACUGGAACAGGAUGUUUCACGCAAACUGCUUCCCAAGUGGUUUGGACCUUGGUCUGUGACAGCAGCCGCGGGCGAUGAGCCCCAUGGCCCUUCAUUUGUGAUCAACAUUCUAGAGCAUCUGACGGUCCAUCCGGUCUUCCACGCCUCGAAGUUGGCAACAUACACACCAGCCAAGAGCGACGACUUUCCGGGCCGACGAUCGCAGGACCCUCCAUCUAUGGAUGGUCAUCAGGAAGUUGACCGCGUCAUCACCGAUCGCAAGUACGGCAGCAAGUCGCGGCAGUACAAAGUCACAUUCAAAGCAUGCGAUCGCGACGACACUCGGUGGAUUUCRGGCGCAGAUUUGAAAGCAUCCGCACCRCUGAUCUACGCGCAUUAUGAAAAGCGGAGGUUAGCUCAGGAAGCUUCACGACCAGCCCCUCCCACCCRGACUGUGGUCCCUCCCUCAGACAGACAGCUUYGCCCUCGCAGGUAAGCUCGGUUCUUCAAGGAGGGGGGGGGGUGGCAUACUGCGUAGCCACACGGGCCCUGCAGGGCCCGUCCCGGACAUUCAGCCUAAAAGCCUA